AUGGCUACACUUGACGCAUGUAUUGUCACCUUCAACUGUGCACGCAAUCAGAUCAGACCGGAUGUCUUCGCUCCACACCUCCUCUCGGUCACCUCAAGUACACCGGACCUACUCGUCCUCUGCCUACAAGAAAUUGCUCCUCUUGCUUAUGCUUUUCUCGGUGGCUCAUUCUUGACCCCCUACUACAAUGCGUUCGCCACGGCCGUCAAUAUUACAGACGCAGGCUAUGUCAACGUUAUUUCGCGGAAUGUUGGUCUGACAUCCAUUAUGAUUUUUGCCAAGGUCGACGUUGCAUCAAACAUCACUUGGAUGGACACUGGAAGCACCGGGGUCGGCGUUCAGGAGACAGGGCAUAAGGGCGCGGUCGGCGUACGAAUAGGCUACGGGGAGACGGUACUCACUUUUGUUUCGGCCCAUCUCGCCCCAGCGGAAGAUGCCACGCAGCGAAGAAACCAAGACUUCAAGGCCGUUGCCGAGAGACUCGUAUUCGUUGCUGAACAAAAACACUCGGUCCGCGAUGAAAGGGACGAGGAUACACCGCUGCUGCAAAGCCCCGCCCGUGGUACAGGGGCCAAAGGCAUUUAUGACCCAACGACGCAUCUUUUUGUUGCCGGUGAUCUCAACUAUCGCACCUCAUCGCGCCCGCCAACACCCGAGGAUGCUUUGUCGUUUCCACAGCCAACAGCGGACCCGAAAGACCCUUAUCACUGGUCGCAUCUCCUGAAACAGGACCAACUUCACAAAGAAGUCGAAGCAGGCAGGACCCUUCAUGGUCUACACGAAUCGCCCAUAGAGUUUCCGCCUACCUACAAGUACCGCAACAAGGAGGACGUCACCCAAGAUGGGGAGCGACCAUGGCAAUGGGCUACUCAUCGAUGGCCGAGCUGGUGCGAUCGCAUCUUUUACUCGCCAACCAACCUCAAACCUCACACAUACCAGGCUCUGCCGCUGUUUGACACGUCAGACCACCGUCCGGUAGCUUUGUCUGUGUCGAUCCCACUCCAGAGUGUUUCCAGUUCAUCGUGGCAAGAGGCGCCGUUCAAGAUUGACCCAGAAUGGAAAGCCAAGCGGAGUGCGGCGAGAAGGAAAGAACUCGCCGUUGGCAUUGUGGCAUACUUGACGUGGACGACGGAAGGUCAAUGUGUGCUGCUGGCGACCGCAAUUGCUGCGUGUGGCCUAGGAUACAUCCUUCGAUCCAUAACGGCGUGA